AUGGAACCUCAGCUCAGCUUCCAAAACCACCUGCUAAAGGAUCAUAGUGGAGAAUUUGUUGUCUCGACUGCGUUCCUGAGCCAUGAUCAGAGCACACUAGGGGGCAGCGGGGCCUGCACGGUGGCUGCUUUAUAUGCUGCAGAGGCCCUGCAUCAUCUUAAGGAGAAGACCGGGCUGCUCCCAAGCAAUGAGCAUUAUACACAAUUGUGGCAGCUAAGCAUUCGCAAAUGGGAGCUGGUCAGGAAAAAGAGUUUCAGUCCUACUACCACCUACGGGCAGGAGUUUCCAAGUGGUUAUCUCCCUGUGAAAACUGCAAUAGAGGCGACCGGGUUGCCUAUCAAGGAGUUGUCGUCACAAACUGCAUUAGGUGCUGAUCUUGGUUCCACCAGUGUUGACCUGAAAGACUGGGGCCUCACCAACUCCUUUCCAGAACUCUUCUUUGAGGCAAUGAACAGUUCUGCGGAUGAGCUGUCCACAGGAGGGUUCAGGCAGUUUAACGUCACCAGCUUGGAAGAGUUGUACAGCGGACUAGUGGUCGAAUUCUCUGAGGUCGCUUAUGACGCCACAGUGCUGCCCAGCGCAACCUUGAAAGCUCCUUCGACGGUUGGGUUCUCUCGUUCCCCCAUCCUUUUGGAUCAGGCUGCUCUCAGUACGCCGCCUCGAGGCAAGCUCACCGAAAGCGCUGCCAAUCAGUUCAACAGCAUGUCCACGCCGCUCAGAUCAACCGCUUCGCCUCUCCUUAAGACGCCAAUCUCAGGGAGGACGCAAGAAUUGGGCGGUGCUGCAGCUGCGGUGAGCCCAAGCAUCAAGUCGCCAGCUCGGGCGUCUCCUCGUCAAGCCGGAAGGGAACGGUCUAGACUCUUUUCGGAAUGGGCCACAGUUCGGGGUCCCGGCAGAGCCUCAAAUCUGAGCCCCUCGAAACCCAGCCGUCAGCAGCCCAUCACGACUAAGAACAGCUUCGACAUCUUGAUGAAUCUCGAGGUUGGUGACUUCGGAACAGAAACGGACUCAGCCGCAGUGCCUCCUCCCUUGCCAGAGUUUGUCUACGUGCAAAACAUCUCGAGAGGAGGGAUGAUCUACGAGCUUCCGGUCCUCUCUUCCGAAACGUUGUCGGAGUUCGUGGAUAGAGUGGGAGCGAGGGGUCGCCCACAAAAGAAAGCCGCCAAAAUUGCGGCCAGGGACGGGUCCGCUCCUGCCGCGGGGUUGCAGACAACCAUCUCAAAAGAAUCUCAAAUGAAGAAGGCGCCCGUGAAUACGGAGACGGAAAAAGGGGAUGGCAGAAAGCUUGAAGCACCCGUCCAGGUGUUGAGCUUCGAAACAGAGGUUGCGUUCGAAGCUUGGAAGGUGGAGGAAGAAACGAUCGGCGGCAUCGACUUACUUCUCCGUCGCGACGAUCCAAGCAAGCUGGUGGACACGGAGGAUGCUUCGUUCAAGGGCGAGGACCCGUCUACUUGGGUGGCCAAGGCCGGUGCUCGGAUCCAAUCAAAUUCUUCUCUCAGGGAAGCAGGCGUGGUUACUGUCAGGGUUUUUGGAUCGCACCUGCCUUCAUGCGGCGCAGCGCACUCGUACAGAGGAUUAGACAAAGCUGGUGCUGUCACGGUUCUCGACAACCAGUCGGGCCAUGCCGAAGUAGCGUCGAAGGCCGCACUUAGCGUGCUUGCGGCUGCUGCAGCGGCGAAUGAUAGUACUGCAGCCCGUCCGCAAACUGGGAUGACGACUGAGAAGUUGUACACCGUCGUUCUCAGGGGUGGGUUUUGCGACUGUGAGGAUCCAAGCGGACUUCUCUGCAAGCACAUAAGGGCAGUGGCGAGGAAGCUCGGAGGGCUGGAGAAAUGGAACCUUACUCUGGACAGCUUGCGAGAGGAGGUUUUGAUGGAGGUAAAAACGGCCGAGAUGGAACAGCAAAAUGUAGACCUUGAAAAUAAUGUCGAGACGGAAGCGGGUGGGGUUGACUCUGACAUGGAAGACGGAUUUGAAAUGAACAGGACCGAGAACGACGAGGUGAAGGCGUUGAGCAAAGAGGUGCACGGUGUCCUCGACAAGAUUUGUGCUGUGGAGCCCUGGAACAAUGCAAAAGGUCUUCUCAAAGAGGUGCUCAUCCGAGUGACUGCUGAUCUUAAGCAAGAAGAACGUAGGUUGAAACCAAAGUCCUUCACACGAAGCAAGAAAAAGAAGGGAGCAAAGCGGAAACGCAACGCUGCGACGCGAACGUGGUGGAAGCCCCCGGCGUGA